UUCAACGUGGUACAAUCGUGGAUCUUUUAUCCGGCCGGACGGUUGGGUUUUCGCUUCGCGCAUCAAAACGGGACUCGCGUGUUUGUGUUUCGUCGGGGCCUCGCGCUUGCAGCAGACGUCGUGACGUGAUCAAUAAUAAAUAAAUGCGCCACGCCAAUACUUUGCGGGCUGAACAAAAAUAAAACAGAGUUCGCGUUGGAUUAUCAAUUCCGUGCGGUUUGUGUUUUCUGUUCGAUUUGUGUUGUGGCAAAUUUGCACGUUGUUUUUUUUUUAUUUCUGUUCGGUAUUUUCGCCCCCUGUCAAAGAUAACAAGUGUGAGAUUGGGUUUUAUACGUGGUGUUAUCUCAAGGGUGGAGGUUUUUGUUUGUGCGGAAUUCGAGCAUAGGAAAACCUGAAAGUGUGAAGCUGCUACGUUUGUGGUGCGAAUUGACGCAAUGUUUUGAGAGUGAUUAUCUGCGAAGGUUUGCAUCGGUUCGCGUAAAGUUUGAAAAUUACCCAUCCUGUGUGGGUGAGAAGAGAAGAAGAUUCACGAGAGUGCGUUUCAAUUUUGUUUAUGUUAUUUUUAUGAAGCGAAAAAGUGCUGCGUGCUGGAAGUGAUCCUAGUUAUAUAAAGUGCUGAUGGGGGUCUUUCGCCCAGGAGAUUUACGAGCCAAAAUCCGGCUUUAAUCCCCGGCAUAAAACAGUGAUCAAAGUCCGCAGAAAUUGCGGCGGAAAAUCCGCAUACAGUGGUCGGUAUCCUCCCGCCGCGUGGACCCGGCUCACGAUAAUAGGAUUCAUAAUUACCGCUAAAGGAGGUGGACAGGAAACAAGAGAUUGGGCCCAACUAGCCGUCGACAAAAGUGGCUGCAAGGAUCCACAAAUAUAUAUAGACGCCGCAACCGAAGCUGGACAGAGAAAACGAAAACUAAUCCGGAGCCACAUACAAACGUAAUACCAGAAAAUAACAUUUGUCGCCCAGCAGCCACCCGGUUUUCGUCGAUCCAACGAAUCCAACGAGGGGACUCAACUGUGCCGGAAAAGUGUUUCUGUAUGUGUGUAUAUCUAUUCCAAUCCGGAGGAAAACGAUUUCGCGGAAAAUCCGGAGUGCAGUGCCAGACAGUGGAGGGAUUAAUUUCCAUAAAUCAAAUAUGAUUGAGCACAUCGGGAUGGGCUAAGCUGCUAUGCCUUCGCACACUAGGCGAACCGAGACCGAGACAGUUUUAUCAAAUCCGUCGAAUAAAGGUGACGACUAAUUGUAACAUAAUGGCAUACAAGCACUCCUUGAACCCAACCACCGCAAUCCGAACCCAGUGUCGCCGCCUGCCGUGUCAGUGCCAAAGGAUGAUGAGCGCAUAGCACGGUGUUUUCCUCAGCAUCCGAAGACAAAGACAGAGACAGAAACAGAAAGCGAGAGAGGCCGAGAAACAGAGUGUCUGCAGUGCAGUGCAGAUCUUCUACGCGAGAUAUAAAAGUUAGCAAAACUCAAUGAACUGGGACGGAUCGUCUGGAAAAAACGUCUGUACUCGACGGCUGCACGGGCUUCUCUCCUGAAAGAUGUGUUCAUCGGUGCAAAACUUAAAGUGAGCAUCCUCGACCAUCAUCAAUCAGGGACCGGGAGAAUUGCGGCCAGAAAUGGGGAAAAAAAUUAUCAACCUCAUGAAACGUUUCUUCACGACCGCUGUCACUUUGGCUCCGCCGGUGCUACCUGUCACGGUGUCGGUGUAGGUCGGCAGAAGGAAGGAAAACUAGAGCCCAAAGGGAAACCAGACAGUUUGCGCAGCGCCACUACAAGAAACGAAACGAAUGUCAGCCGUCAGCUCCAAACCAAUCUGCCGUUGCCUCUUGCCAUUCACACACAGAGAUCGGUUCACAGACCCUGCCAAGAUUAACGAGCUUAUUUUUCUUCUCGCUCACUUACCCGCCGAUUUUCGUCGUGAGUCCAAUCAAGAUAUUCGCUGCUGCAAUCCGAACGAGCGUCAUCGACAGCGGAGAUUGGGCUGAAGUAUCAUCAUUGAAUAACACGCUCUUACACACACCCUUCAAGAUGCUAUCGAGUAGCAUGAACGUCACACCGGUCACGAUUCUGCUCCUGGCCACACUUCUACUACCAAUCGGCCGAGCCGGGCUGGCGAACUGCCCCAUCGGGUGUCAGUGCGACGAUGACACACUGGUGGUAACGUGUGGCGAGGGCCACCUGGACGUGCUUCCGAUCGUGUUGAACCCAUCCCUCCAGCGGCUGGUGAUCAAAAAUAACAAAAUCAAAACCAUCGACUCGUCGAUGCAGUUCUACGCCGAGCUAACCUUCCUGGAUCUUAGCUAUAACCACUUGUUCAACAUGCCUCCGCGGACGUUCGCCUAUCAGAAGAAGCUGAAAGAGUUGCACCUGAACCACAACAAGGUGGGCUCAAUUUCGAACAAAACCUUUCUUGGGCUGGAGUCCCUGUCGAUUCUGAAUCUCCGGGGGAACUUCCUGGACGAGCUGACGGAUGGUGUGUUCUCCGGGCUGAAGAAACUCGAAGAGCUCAACCUGGGCCAGAACCGAAUCGGUCGGAUCGAUCCGAAGGCAUUCGAUGGGUUGGUGAACCUGAAGAUGCUGUAUCUGGACGAUAACACGCUAAGUGCGGUUCCAUCGCCAGCGUUCGGUUCGCUGGUUAGUUUGGCGGAACUGUAUCUGGGAAUCAAUUCGUUCUCGACUAUCCCGAAGGAUGCGUUCGUCAAACUGAACAAACUGAGUAGAUUGGAUUUGAAGGGAGCAGCCCUAUCGAACGUGACCAGUGAAAGCUUCAACGGGUUGGAAGAACUACGGACGCUAGAUUUGUCCGACAAUCGACUUAGUCGAAUACCGACGACGGAGUUGAUGGCGCUGACUCGGCUGGAAGAGCUGGCACUUGGCCAGAAUGAUUUCGACAGUAUCCCGCUGGCCGCUUUCGCUGGUAUGGGUAACCUGAGGAAAUUGGACAUAUCAGGUUCGCUGAAGUUGAACCGAAUCGAGAGUGGGGCAUUUUCGGCGAAUGCCAAUCUGGAAGAAAUUGUGAUAGCGUCGAAUAAGGCGCUCAGUGAGAUACAGGAUGGGGCGUUGAGUGGAUUGCCACACCUCAAAAAGCUGGUGUUGAAAGAUAACGCCUUGGCAACCCUUUCGGAUGGGUUGUUUUCCUGGAAUGAGCUGGUGGAUUUGGAUUUGUCGGAAAAUCCGAUGGUUUGUGAUUGUCGGAUUUUGUGGCUGAGAAAUAUGUUGGUGAAUAAGAGUAAUACCAGCCAGAAUCAGUUCCCGGUGGUGUGUGCAUCGCCUGAUCGACUGCGAGAGCAAACACUGCAGGCCUUAUCACCGGAACUGUUGGGCUGUUCGCAUACGGAUCCCCGUGAGCAGGCGAUUAUCUGCGCAGUGUUGGUCGCAGCUGCGGCAGUAAUCACCACUCUCGCACUGGUGAUCUACAAGUGCCGAAGGAGGAUCCGGGAAGUGGUGAAAGGUGGCUGGGGAAACAGUGCCAUCGGGCGGAAGGAGCGCGAGUAUCAGAAGACUUUCUCCGAGGAGGACUACAUGGGCCGACAUCCGAAUCCGUGCGGAUUGGGAGUCCACACGACAACGUUGAACAACUAUCAAAUCAAUAACCACCACUCGCAUGGAAUCAGACAUCUGCCGGUGACGGAACUAUAGCUAGAGGCUCCCCCUCCACCGCCUCGGAGGGGAGGUUCGCAGCAUCAAAUUUGCCCCGGCAGCAACUGCAACGGAACGGCCACUACCUUCCUGCAGCUCAGUCAGGAGCAUCUGAAGCAGCCGGGAAUGAAACUC